GUUCCCUCACAACACCCAUUUUCCACGGCGUGAUAAAAAUAACAGAAAUCGAACACGUGCUGCUAUCACGCGUUAUAAAAAUGACUGGUGGUGGAAAGUUUGUUUCUUCCACGCGUGCUCAAGUGCCAUCACGGAAAAUUAACUGACCGCCCCUUGUCCUCUUAUUGGUUUAAUACUUAUCCAUUCAAAAUUCGUGAAACAGCCCAUAUGUAUUACACUAUAGUUUUCAUGAUUUUCCCUCUUAUUGAUACAAAAUUAUCAUACAUCUCGAUAUUUGCACCUCAAAUGCUAUACAAAUACUCUUGAACACACCAUCAUUUUUGUCAAUUCUUCAUUUUGUACGGUGUUCUGGAUUCUUACAACGAGUUAUACACAAAUUUUCAUCCAGUAUAUUUCGUUAUGUCGGUUUCUAACUCGUGGGGUUUGGGGGUUUUGAUGUAUGGAUGCUUCAAAAAGUUCAUUGAUCUUUUGAGUCUCUUAAUUCUGUUUUAUUUCAGUUUGAAAUAUUUGCAUUUUAACGUAUUCAACUUGGGGGUUUUGAACCGGUUUUGUUCAAGAAAAUGCAAGUGUGGGUUGAUCAACUUUAUGAAUUUUUCAAACCCACCAAUGAUUGAUCAAUGGAAGGUGGUUAAAGAAACUGUAAAUUGUAGAAACACAAGUGGUUUUGAUGAUCAAGAUGAUGGUAAUCAAGAAUGUUAUGAUGAAGAUGAAGUGUUCGAUGUAAUGUCUCUGAGAAAACUGGUGAAGAUGGAGAGGCAACGAGCGAAUGAUACUUACUUAGAGCUUGAGAAAGAGCGAAUGGCGGCUACUACUGCAGCCGAGGCGGCCAUGGAGAUGAUUCUGCGGCUGCAGAAUGAGAAAAGUGUGGUUGAGUUGGAAGCCCAACGACACCGGAGAUUGAGUCAUGAAAAGCAGUUACAUGAUCAAGAGGUUAUUCAAUCUUUGAGGUGGAUUGUUAUGAAGCAUGAGUCGGAAAGGAGCUUGUUAGAAGAUCGGUUGCGGGUGUGUAAGCAAAGGUUGAUGCUUUGUAUGAAUGAUGAUGGUGAUGAUGAUGGGUGUGAGUUGUCUUUAAGUUAUCUUGAUGAGCGGCUUGUUAGCUCGCUCGAUUUGGGUUUGUCACCGUGGUAAGUCGUAGAUAUCUAACUUACGGUCCUUGGAUAUGCAUGCAACGGAUCGAAGGGUAUUUUGGUCAUUUUAUGAGCGAGCUCGUUUUUAUUUUAACGAUUGUCUUGAUUUGCCUAGGGUAUGUUACUACUAUAAAAAAAAAGGUAUGCAACAACACAAGAAUAAUAAUAGGGAGACCCAAAUGCAUGUAAUUUCAAAAGAUUGAAAUUGACAAAUAAAUGGAUGUACUUGGGAAUGUUUGAUUGUGA